AUGCCAUUUAUACACCUAUUUCAGGAACCAUUGACAUUCCGGGAUGUGGCCAUUGAUUUCUCUCAAGAGGAAUGGGAAUGCCUGGACCCUGCUCAGCAGAGUUUAUACAGAGAGGUGAUGUUGGAGAGUUACAGAAACCUGGUCUUUCUGGCCAUUCCUAGUCACCUUUAUGGACCAAAGGAAAGAUCCAUGGAAUCUAAAGAGACAAGAGACCAUUAA